AUGCAGAUCCUCUUGAUUCCGGCAUCGUCGCCGGCCGCUCUUGCGCUGGCGAGAGUGCUUGCCGCAGAAGGUCACAUCGUCCAUGCUGCAGAUGCAGAACGUAUAUGGGGAACGGCGCCAGCCCGCUACUCUCGCGCUUACCGACGCUUUCAUGGUCUCUCUGGAGCAUGGAGCGCAGCCGAAUUGUGGAAAGACAUCGGAGACAGCAUUGACCUGAUUAUUCCAUUUGUUCCCCUUCCCGGACACUUUGUCGAAAGCCUGAAGGCCAGAGGUGCCAACAUCGUCGGCGAGACCCUCACUCAGGACGAUUCUGAGUUUCAGGAUUUCGUACGCGACAACAUCGUCAAUGCCUCCGCCGAGAACCCCAGCAUCAUCAAGGUGCCCGCAUCUUUCACGGUCCACUCGCGAACGUGCAUUGCGGAGAUACUGAGCAAUCGCGAAUCGAUAUUUUCGUUGCAACCUCUGCCAUGCUACGACACGGAUGACGAGGACACGCUUGUAGACGUGGAACAUGCAACACCAUCAGCCUCCGCAUGCAUUGAACCCGUUGCUCCGAUCGUUAUCUCCUGCUCCACCUUGGACGACCGCACUGUGGAAGCGAUCAAGCGCCUCCCGAUGUCAGACACGAAGCCUUAUCGACUCAUCGAAGUAGCCGAGGGUGGCGCGUUCUACUCUGCGCAUGCCUUCAUCCACGCGGGACAAGUGCGCACUUUCGUCGUCACCAAUACCAGAGCCACAGACAGAGACUUCGCCAUCGUUGGCGCUGGCGAGCCUCUGUAUGAUUUGCUCUAUCAGUUCACGAAGAGAUUGGCAGAAGUACUAGAUGGCUGGCAGAGCGUUGUCGCAAACCACUUGAGCUUGACGUUUCAUCUGCAAGAUAAAAUCACGUACGAUGAUUUCGUGCGCAAGGUCACAGUUGUCAGCUGUCGCAACGAUCCACAUGCAAGUCUCGUGCUACUUGCAGCAGUGCCGGAAUUGCGGAGGAAGCUUGCGCUUGCGUACACAGCAUCCACUUUGCGAGAAGAAGAAGACAGCGCACCUGUCCAAAUUCCAACAAAUGGACGCGUUACCAAAGCAAUGUAUUCCGCACCGCUGGCCAUCUACGGGCUCACCCGGAUACUAUUCGAGUUCAGGCCAUGGCGAAGAAGAUGGUGGGCCGCAGUAGCGCGUAUGGCGAUGAUGUGUGUGGUAUGGGCAAUGAACUUCAAGGAAGAGAUGUGGGAGACCAGCGACCCGGGGCCCGCGCUAUGUUUCUGGGCCGUCAUGCUCGGCGACAGCUUGAUCAGCGUUGUUGGGCAAGUGGCGGGCGUCAAAUGGGGAAUGACUCGUGCGGCGCCUCUACGUUCGAAGACUCUCGCUUCGUAUCGAAUGGCGUUGACGGCGUUUGUGUUGAUGCUUGAUAUCUGCAGGUGGUGGGUCGCCAUUAUGCUAUAUCCUUGGUACCGGACAACUCAACGCUGA